AUGCAUGAACAGGCUAAUAUUGAGAAGAUUGAAAAAUAUACAUGGAAGAUUGAGAACUUCUCUUGUUUGAACACGGAUGAGGUUUUCUCGGAGCCUUUUGUCUUAGGCGGCUAUCAAUGGAUUAUUGGUCUGUCCCCAAAGGGAGAGGAUGGAUCAGGGGACUACUUAUCUAUUUAUUUAGAGGUUGUGGAAACUGCUAAUAUGUCUAAGGGAUGGAGUAGAGAUGUCAAAUUUAGGUUAUCUUUGUUGAAUCAAUUGGAUAACAUAAUAUUUGCAGAAGAAUACAGCCAUGGGUUCAAAGAGGGUGUAGAAUCGUGUGGUUUUGAAUCUUUCAUUACUUUGGAUGAGCUUCAUGAUCCCAAAAAGGGUUUUAUUUUGAAGGAUGCUUGUAUUGUUGGAGCAGAAGUUUAUGUUUGUAAGUCCACACAUGUGAAGCUAGAAGAAGGCCAAAGCCAAAAUGCAGGAAAGCUUAUGGAUUUCAAGGGUUUAGGACAAGUAGAAAUAGAUUUUGUUCCAUUACUAGAGCAAGCAUGUUCUCUACACCCUUCACUUAUUGCGUGUCAGCAGGAAAGAAGUCCUAAGUUUAGGGAAUGGGCCUUCAGUGCUUUGGGCAGAGUUCUUUAUUUCCUUAAGACUAAAAAGGUUAGAGAUAUGGAUGGCAUUGCUGGUAAGGAGCUUCAUAUUUUGUGGGCGGAACUUGAACACUUUGGUUUCGAUUUGACAUGGCUUGAGCCUCAUUUUCAAUCGGCUUUAGGGAUGAAAAGCUAUUUGAAGAAAAUUGAAAGAGGCAGAAAAGAUAAAGGUUAA